AUGUCCUCCAAACUUGCUCUUGAGAGUACUGUGAAGUUUCACACCGGGCGUGAGAUGCCCAGAUUGGGUUUCGGGUCGGGAGGACUGAAGGAUGAGGUAGGGGUAGAAGCUGUAGCUUAUGCGAUGAAGACGGGUUAUCUUAUGGUCGAUACCGCACAAAUGUAUGGGAACGAAGAAGAGGUGGGGCAAGGUAUCGCUCAAUCCGGCAUUCCACGAGAAAAGCAUUUCAUCUGCACCAAAUGGCAGCCACCUGUGGAAGGGUCAGACUUCAGACCUACCCCGGAGCAAGUCAGAGAUGAAGCCCGCAAAUCAGUAGCAAGGCUCGAUAAAAGUAGAUUUGAGAAGGAAUAUCUCGAUUUGAUGAUCAUUCACCAUCCCAGACCUGAUCCGGAGGGCAGAGUGAGUCACUGGAAGGGACUUGCAAUGGCACAGAAGGAGGGCUGGGUAAAGGAUAUAGGUGUAUCGAAUUUCAACAUUAAACAUCUCGAGGCUCUUCCAGAGCCUUUACCUGCUGUCAACCAGAUUGAGCUACACCCUUGGUGCCAACAACGUGAGGUGGUGGACUAUUGCAAGUCAAAAGGAAUCGUGCUUCAGGCCUUCUGUCCCUUAGUGAGGAUUAGAAAGGAUAAGUUCGAGGAUCCUGUUGUCGUCAAGAUAGCUGAGAAGCAUAACAAAGGUGUAGCCCACGUCCUGCUAAGGUGGAGUCUGCAGAAGGGCUUCGUCCCCAUCCCCAAAGCCUCAUCUCCUGCAAGGAUCGAUGCGAACAAAGACCUUUACGAUUUCGAGCUGGACGAACAGGAUAUGAAAGAAUUAGAUGGUUUAGAUCAAGGUGCUGCUGGCAGAGUCUCGGGCAUCGAUCCUGCUCAUUUGCCCGACUAG